AUGGAUUUUCCUUCAAGUUAUCCAAAAUCGUCAGCAGCCCUUUUUGGCCUGGAGCAUGCCAUCGGCGGCUUGAUUCGGGAACAUGGCUCGAAUGAAGGGUUUACGCCUCUCCAAACAACACAUCCAGAUCUUGAUACCGCUCUGAGCUCCGCAAUCAAGAAAGUAACCGAACUCUACCAGACAGCAGGCAAGUUAAAAGUUGGGCAGAUAGUUCUUGAACGGCGCACAAACAGGCUUGAAAACCAUCUUGCACCAGUCGCGGCUCUUGAGAACCACUAUGACAACGCCAACAGCGUCAGGCGCAAUGGGAACGCGAAGUUGGAGUCGGCCACGAUUCAGGCAAUUACCAGAGCCCGAUCAAGCGAUCAAGGCAUUGUCUACGAAUACCCUACAUACUUCCCCGAAACAAUCCGAGAUUUUCUCACAAUGAAUGCCGAACAGAUCAUAUAUCUUCUUGAUUUCUAUACGAUUCGGGUUGUGAAGCCGCUACGACAACUGCCCGGACUCUCCGAUACAACGCAGCAUACUACUGUUGAAUACACCCCCACGGAUGUUCAAAGUAACCGUUAUCGUUGCUUAAGUGAACUUGCAGGACUCAUUAACCUCAAACUUCACAAGAUAGAGUCAGAAAAGCUCAAGGAGUUAAAGGCUAGUAUCAUUACAUCUGGCUAA